AUGCUCUUGCUACUUCUUCUCCUCCAUAUCCUCUUAACAUCUGCUGACCCCGACAAGUUUCGGUUCGAUGUGUCCUUCCAAUGCAAGUACCCACCAAGCUAUCACUACAAAGUGCAAUUUGUUGAGUGGGAUUGGUGGUUAUUCAAUAGCGAUGACGCCAUAACCCAGGAGCAACGAGGAGUGGCUCCAUCGGGAACGUUCAAUUUCACAAUGAGUGGUUUUCUUAAUGGAGAUGAACUCACUUCAGAGGGCUACGACGUUCGAAUGAAACUCUCCCAUAAUUGCACUCAAAACCACGAAGACGUUGACUCCUACAUGACAAUCAAGCCAUUGUGUAAAAUUGGAGAAGGGCUAUGUUAUUUCAGAAUUUCCAAGGAUAUUUCAGACGCUAAGGGGGAUAUUAGAGUUUAUGGGAAUUUGGUUGACUAUAAUUAUAAUGUUUUGUAA